AUGAUUGUGCUGGCAAUUUUCUUUCUUCUAGGGAAAUCAAAUGGGCUGAAUCAAUUGCCAACUACUACACCAGCGAUUCGCGAGGGAGACAAUGUAUUAGAUGAUUUGAUCAAUCCGAAAGGAUUUCCGUUGGGGCUUCUGUGGCCUGAUGGAAAUCCGUGCCCCGACAGGUGCACAUCGUUUCGAUUAUGGAGGUAUAAUCAUCAUGUUUCCAAAGCCGCCGAAGUGGCUGAAUGUAGCGAGAAUGGCCUUCCAAUGAAGGUAAAACACAUCUAUUACUGGCCUGGCGAUCAUAUUUCUAUCACGUGCAAAGUUUGUCAACGAGGUCUCGAUUCAAAUGGGAAGAUCAAAACGUGGGGUUGGGCCGCAAAAGUAUACGACUUUUUCGAUCAUUACCGGAAGAAUGAGAAGUUGCAACACGCGGAUGUUGGCGUGCAAUUUUUACCACUCAAGUUCGAGAUCAAUACAGGAUCGAAAGAAUUCGAUGGAGCAGGGGCUUCUGAUCCGUCUUACAUGCCCGGAAAUCGAAUUCAGGCCACGGAGCCUGGAUCUUUCCCCCAUAUCCGACGACAAACGUUCGAACAAAUUGGCAAUACGUUACACAUUCAUAAUGCUGAAGCAAGGGCGGCUGGUGUGUAUUUUUGCUACGAUGACACCGCGAUCAAUUUGGUCCGCUAUUUCUAUAUUCUUCACGCAAUGACGCCGAUCAAUCAACGCCUCAACUCUCUUUUUGUAUUGUUGGCAACUCUCUUGUCGUUUCGAGCAGGACUUUUCGUCAACGCGAGAAAAGACGGUAAUCGGACGACGAAAUUGAAUUCUUUCCCUUUCCCGUAUACCGACAAGGACAGAUCGUUUCGAUUAUGGAGGUAUAAUCAUCAUGUUUCCAAAGCCGCCGAAGUGGCUGAAUGUAGCGAGAAUGGCCUUCCAAUGAAGGUAAAACACAUCUAUUACUGGCCUGGCGAUCAUAUUUCUAUCACGUGCAAAGUUUGUCAACGAGGUCUCGAUUCAAAUGGGAAGAUCAAAACGUGGGGUUGGGCCGCAAAAGUAUACGACUUUUUCGAUCAUUACCAGAAGAAUGAGAAGUUGCAACACGCGGAUGUUCGUGUGCAAUUUUUACCAUUCAAGCUCCAGUUCCAUACAAGAUCGGGCCAAUUCGAGGGAUCAGGGGAUUCUGAACCGUCUUACAUGCCCGGAAAUCGAAUUCAGGCCACAGAGAACGGAUCUUUGCCCCAUAUCCGACCACAAACGUUCGAAUAUAUUGGCAAUACGUUGCACUUUCAUAAUGCACAAGCAAGGGCGGCUGGUGUGUAUUUUUGCUACGAGGACACCGCGAUCAAUUUGGUCCGCUAUUUCUAUAUUCUCCACGCGAUGACGCCAAUCAAUCGAGUGAAUUGGAUGGAUGAUGCUAAUUUAAAGAAUCGUCUUCAGCUGAGUCCGGAUAUGGGCAAAAUGGUCUGUGAAUCGCCAGACGAAAAGGCUUUCUUGAAGCCUCCAUAUAAAUGUGAAAAUGACUGCGGGAAACCGAUUUAUAUGUACCCGGAUACUCAAUGGAAAUUCAACUGGCGUCCCAUCAUCUAUAAACCCGAAAAUGAGCCUAUCUGUGAUAAGGGUGAUCUUAAAUGCGAACAAUAUCUGAAACUUCACCCCAACACCGAUGACCUAGCGAUACGAAAAGUGCCGGAGACUGCGAUACAUCUGCAUGUUUUUAAACGAUCGAUCAAUGAUAGACCAUUCUACACGGAUGUGGCGUUGGCUUUUCGAUGGGAGCCGUGGAGUAGAUGCGAUUCGGGAAGAACACAUCAACGCCGGGAGGGACACUGUGUUUUGCAGCUCGUCGAUGGUAAAAAGAAAACGAACUCGGAAAAUACUCAUACGAAAGCAACGAGGUGGAUGUCUCGAUUGGAUAGCAUUUUCAGGCUUUCUGGAGGAAAGAAUACGACAUUUGUGAGAUUGCACAGUUCAACUUUGAUGACGAUGAUCAUGGAUCAACCAGUGAACUCCGAUUGUGGAGCAAGAGAAAGAUCGAAGAGUGUUCAAAAGAUUGACGAGUUUUAUGAACAGGUAAUCUUUCCGUCGUUGGACAUCCCGGGAGAACAAUUCAACCGAAAGAAAUUCACAUUGAACAACGAGUGGAGGACUUGUUUUAAAUACAAACACUCGGGAGAAAAUGCGGGAAGUGAUGGAUCGUAUUCGGAUAUUGUUGGCACCUAUGUGAUCGAAACAAAGGAGUGUCCU